AUGGACACGGACACGCCACCGCAAGAAGCCAUGAGCGGCUAUUUUGACAAGGGCAACAAAGCGCCUCGUGGGCGGCCAAAGUUGACAAUGGCCACAGCUACAAGUAAAAACAAGAGUUUGCUGCUGCACCAGAAGGCUGAUGCAUCCGUGGCAGCAGAUAUUGCUGUCGACGCUGGCAGGAGCACUGCGCCCGUCCGCAUUCUGCUCGAGGAAGGACGGCAUCGUGUACAACAACAACAGUCUACUCACGCACAGCGUGUAGAGCUGUCCCGUUUGCGGAGAGGUGUGCCUCCUUCCCUAGGCAUUGCAUGGGCACACUUCCUCCAGACUGUGUCGCCUCAUUUUGUGGAACUGGAUCAGGACAGAAAGAGACAAGUGCAAUCAUCACUGCUUGCUCAACUCGUUGACAGUGUGAUUGAUGGUAGCACAAGUGUAGCAACAACACCACGUCUGGCAGAUACGAGGUCAGCCCGACUAGCUUCCGACGUAAUGGAUCGUGCAGCCAACGCAUCGGUACGAUAUCAUUCCGGCUGGUGUAUUGUUGCUGUUCGGAAACAGCUUCUACGGGAGAAAGAGCCAAAGCAUGCUCUUCUGAGUCUUAUCCCAAAUUUUGGAUGUGAUAUCCUUGCAUCCAAACAUGUCUAUGGUGGUGAUUCGACAUCAGACUCGUCCAGUGCUAGUAGUGAUGAGGACCUAGCGAGCACCGCAGCGUUCAGCAGGCAUCUGUUUUCCCUGAGCGAGCAUUGCUUGCCUCUGUUUAUUCGCCUGCACAAGCUGUGCGAGGAACACCUCCAAACUGCGCUUCUUACUGCUGGAAAGUCAGCUCCACAAGAAGUCAAGCAGCUACUUCUGGCCGAUGCCACUGUUCUUCAACAGUAUUCUGCUAUUGUUGGAGAUGACAGCGGCAAAGAUCUCCUACAGCGCAUCGUGACGAUGUUUGUGAAGAGCAAGCAAAAACAAAUAAUCCGUGAAAAUCACCUCGCACCAUCAACUACGUCAAUUGCUCUGCGUGCUGGUUUACGCCCACCAACGUCAUCCUCGCGCCAGAAAGAAGCAGUCAGCCGGAAUGUUGUAGCCGUGCGGGCAGCGAUUGGCAGAAAAGACCUUAAUGCGGUUCGAUCAGCUAUUAACAGCGUGCCAGAGCUCGAUAAAGCAAAGGUCAUUGGUGAUCUGAGUGUGAAGGAACUGCAGAGUAUACUUAGUCUCAGCCCCCUGUCUCGUGCAGGCAACAAAGGCGCUCUUCAAGAGCGAGUCAAAUCCCUCUUUGCUGAACAGAUAGGACCAGUCAAGGAUCACAAGAAUUAG